AUGGCGGUACAAGCAGCAGCUCAAAGCUACAAAAAUCUGUCUUUGAAUGAUAUUUUUGGACAAAGGAGGGGAGCAUCAAGAGAUGAAGAAUUAACCAGGGAUCUAUCAGCAAAUUUUUUGAAUGAAUGCCGAUUUGCAGUUCCUCCUGGAACCGAUGUAAGUCCAUAAUUUCUUACUUCUUGGCAAAUCUUGAAAAUGCUUCGUCAUCUACUUCAGACAAUGUCGGGUCCCAGCUUAUGUCUAUGUGGUCCCUGAAAAUACUCAUUUUGGAGGAUAACGAUUUUUUUGCUUCUAGAAUGAUAAAUUAUUAUUACACUCGGAGGUUUGGUAUUUCCUCCGUGAUUUAUGUGUAUACCUACUUUAAGUCGUCCGUAAUUAAAAGAGGCUUUUUUCUGACAUAAGUCCACGUGCCGGAGGGACGUGAUAAAAAUCGAAUUAUUUGCAAGUUAAAGAGCAGUUUCGAGGAAUUUGUCACAUUAAUUUAUAAAACAUGGCUGUGGUUAUAGUUUUUAUAGCGUUUGAUAAGUAUUUAGCUUCUAAAAGCAGCGUAUAAGUGAUCAGUUCAACGUCAAUUGCAACUGCAUCUUACUGAAAUGGCAUUUCAUUUUGUCAGGGUAGGAUUUUUAAGUUCAGUCACUUAACUCUGUUGUGGAUAGUGACUGAGUCAUUUAGAACCUGAUUAACCGGCAAAACUCUUAAUAUACAUUCAAUUUUUUUAUGAAAGAUACAGCUUUUGUAAAGUCUUUCUUUUCUUGAAAAUGCAGUAGCAUAUAUGCCAACUCUCCCGGAUACAGAGCCAAUCUUCUGCUCUCCUGUAUGGGUAACCAAAACUCCUGCAUAAAAGGAAGUUUGGAUCAGUUGCCCACAAAAAAACUAGGAUUUAAGCUCCAUAAGUUCCAAAAUUCCAAAAUCAUCUGGCUUCUUAUGCUUUUAUUAUGGUUUCUGGCAUCAUUUUCUUGUGUGAUGCACGAUUGUACAGUUGUUGUUGCAAACAAAAAGAACAGAGUUUUUUCUUUGUUACACUUAUAUAAGCAAGAGUCUGAUUGGAUAAAUAUUCAACUAAUUGAAGUCCCUGACAGAUAGAUCCAUGUUUUUCCUGCAGAAUUGCUGGGGGGGGUAUAGGGUCCAGAUUGAAAAAGAAUUUUCUGGAGGGGAGUCACAUGGGGGGGGAUGUGCUGGUCCAAAAAAAAAUCUCUAGAUUUGAGAUCUCCACAGGUUGGCAUCUCUGCAAUAGGUAAAUAUGGUUCAUUGCAGCCCAGGCUGCAGAGUAUGGCAGGCAAGUUCUGAUGACUUCAAAGAUGAUUCUGCUGUGUGAAAUGUGUAGUAAGAAAUGAAAAAUCAUUCAUACAUACUCUCCAGACAAGAUAACAGCAGUGUUGAAAAAAUUGGACCCAGUUUCUCUUUUCAAUAAAGUACACAACAAUAAAAACAAGCUUUAAUCUAUGUCCCAAAGAAAAAUUGAAAGAGAUGCAACUGUCAAACUUGUCUAACAUGUAACUGUCUUUACUUGUGAUUUUUAGCCCAUAGAGUUUUUAAGACCUUUUGCUAAUGGAGAAAGUGAUGUUAAGAUCCAUUUUGACCAUGGAACAACUACUUUGGCCUUCAAAUUCCAACAUGGUGUCAUUGUAGCAGUUGAUUCAAGAGCAACGGCUGGAUCUUACAUUGGUAAGUUGGUUUUCCUCAAGUUGAAGACUCUCUCUUGAGUGGGUGUCAUGGCCAGUCAUUGUAAAGUGUUAUUAUAAGAGUUAUAAAAUAGAUGGCAAAAUUACCUAAGCUCUUUGGCUGAGACAGAGAGGAACUUUCUUUGAUUUUGGUAAUUUCCCAGACAAUUACCAAAAUUUAGGAAACAUCUAAAAAGGCUUAACUUUGUCUAAACAUAUUGUUAUUUUGUUGAUGGCGUUUGUUUUUAUAGCAGGGCUGAUUUCAUUGCUUUAGUAUUGUUGUAUGAAAAUAAAAUUUCAGUCUGCUGAUUCAUGCAUUUUACAGUUCAUUGAUGCCAACUGAACACUGAAAUGGCUUUCUUUGAGUGUAUAACGGCAUGCAUUUUUGACCUUCUUCAUAAAACAAGUAAUUGCCUUGUUUCUCCGUUAAAUUAAGGAUUACUAUCACUUGUGUUUUUAGUAGUAGCAGAAAUUCCCCUUAUUGUUUCUGUAACUCCUGAAAACACAUGUGAUAUUAAUCUUAAGCUUUACUUGGUCCUAUGCGAUUAACUUUACUGAUUCUCAAUUACCACCUAUAGGUAUCAUAACAGGUAUUUGGUUCUCAAUAAUCCUUAUGAUUGAAUUUACGACAUUCUUGAUAAACUGAUUACUUGUACUGUUGUGUAGCCUCACAGACGGUGAAAAAAGUGAUUGAAAUCAACCCAUAUCUUCUUGGGACAAUGGCUGGGGGAGCUGCUGACUGCUCUUUCUGGGAGAGACUUCUUGCCAAACAAUGCAGGUAAUAAAGCUUGUUCCAAAUUGGGUUUGUUAAGACUUCUUUAAACAGUUAACCUUUUAACUCCCAAAAGUAAUUAACAUGUAACUUUUCUCUUUAAUAUCCAAACACUAUCCAGAAAACCAGUAAUGAAAAUGCUUUAACAUAUCAGGUAGAAUGUGAUAACUUGAUCUAACACCAAAUUCUUGUAACUAAUUUAUAAGGAAAUAUGUAGCAACUAGAGGGGAGAAUUUAUAAUCAGAUUGUGGAAGUUAAAUUGAGUUUCUAUUAGUCAAACAGCAGGUGAUAACUCUAGCAUGUACCAUAUGUUUUGGGUAGUAUUUCUUAUUUUCUUGAAUAGCCAGGAUAUAAUUAUUCCAUGUAAAUUAAAUAGCCUUGAUCAAAUAGUCUUAGGAAGGGCACAUUUAUGUUGAAAUACUUAAAGCCUCCAAACCUCCUUUCAUAGUGUAAACUUGAAAUUUAAUCAAAAAGAGACUCAGUGCACUGAUUUAACAAAUUACCUUGAAGAAGGUUGAAAACAGAUGGGAAUAAUUUUGUUGUCAAAGCGGCUUGGGAUUGAAUUUUGAGCAAAUGAUUUUAUCUUGAAACAUAGAGAUGAUUUUUUUUAAAAUUCAUACAAACCAUGCAGGAUUUAUGAGUUGCGCAAUAAAGAGAGAAUCUCUGUGGCUGCUGCAUCUAAGCUUCUUGCCAACAUGGUGUACAACUACAAAGGCAUGGGGCUCUCCAUGGUGAGUGUUAGCCAGCUUGCAAUGGUCAGCUGAGUCAUUGGUCUUGUAAAUUAGCUAUUUUAACCAUUGAUAUUUUAGAUGCCUUUCUAGAUUUUUUUUUUUAAGUUUUAACAUGGUUCAGUUUCAUAACUGUAUCAUUUUCUCAUGAAAUCUUUAUUUUGCAGGGAACCAUGAUAUGUGGCUGGGAUAAAAGAGUGAGUUGAUUGAAUUUUUUAUUUUUUUUUUUUGUUAGUGGUGUACACUAUUUUCUGUGGUUUCUCUGUUAUUUCUUUCCCUCAAUUUCUCUGAAUCAUUGUGCUUUGUGAAUUUUGUAAACCAUAGCAACUUUACUAUAAGAUUCACCCCUGCUAUGCUAGUCAGAGCUGUAUGACUCCAUGAAGUAGAUGAGUUCAUCCUCUUAAACAUAAAUUUGUGUACAGGAAGCUGUCUCAAUUUUUUUUUGAGGCAUGGACAAAAACUUAUGAAAGUUUAGCUGUGACUAGACAGCAAUAGGAAAUCUAGUCCAUUUGAAGAACUAAGCAGAUUGUAAGAUUAAUUGCAAUGCUCACUAGAAAAAAAAACAAAUAAACAUUUUACUUCAUUAUCUUAGGGGCCAGGUCUGUACUAUGUUGAUAGUGAUGGCACUCGCCUGUCCAAUGACAUGUUCUCUGUUGGCUCUGGUUCUACCUAUGCUUAUGGUGUGUUAGACAGCGGCUAUAAGUAUGAUUUGAGUGUUGAAGAAGCUUAUGACCUGGGUCAGAGAGCUAUUUACCACGCCACUCACAGAGAUGCAUACAGUGGGGGAGUGGUGAACUGUGAGUAUACAGAGGAGGAUGUACUGAUUUGAAAAUAAAAUACUGGUUAAAAGUUCCUAUACAAAAUGCACCAACCCAGGAAUUUAAGCAUUGACUCCGAUACCAUUACUAUUGGCAUGUUAUCACUCUCCCUACCACAAUCCAUUUUUUAAACCAGUUGCUUAUCAAAGCAUUGCUAACAAAAUCUUUAAGGAAACUGCACCAGAAUUGCACUCUUCUUGCAAAUAAAAUAAAUUAAAAAAUGAACAAAAAACAAACAAAAGAAACAACAGUUUUGUCUAUCUCAAAGCCCUGAAGAACUUUGGAAGAAAAUUUUUACAUAGUUUGGUUUUAGAAAAUUAAUUUAUGUAAAUUGUCUUUUCCUUCUCCUUUUUCAACAGUGUACCAUAUGAGACAGAAUGGAUGGAUCAAGGUUUCUCAAACAGAUGUGGCCAAACUUCAUUACCAAUUUCAAGAAGAAAAGCAGAAAUAGAAAUCAAGUUUAUGUCACUCCACAACUUUACGUGUGCUGAACGAUAUUGUCAAUAAAAUUUGUGUCACUGUCUUUAAAGUAUCAAACUCUGCUUGAUGUCAGUGUUCUGUUAGAGUUACGUCAUCUGUCAGAAACAUUUAAGUCUUUCCUCUGUUCCGCAGUUAAUAAAUGAAAGUAUCAAACUCUGCUUGAUGUCAGUGUUCUGUUAGAGUUAUGUCAUCUGUCAGAAACAUAAGUCUUUCCUCUGUUCCGAAAUGAAUGAUUGACAUCGGCAAGACAUGGCUAGAAAAAGUAGGCAAAAUAGCGGAGCGUAUACCGGUUACUAAGCAUUAAGCGAUAAGGAUUACUGCUUCUACACCGUGGACGGAUUCUCAGUAUAUCUUAAGCUACUCCUCAGUAUUCGUCAUAAUUCCUUGAAGUAAAUACUACUAUUGUAAAGUUGUUUUCUAUCGUAACACAAGCUCGUGAAGGAAUUAUUGUCACUGGAGCCUCUUUGGAGAGUUGAAUAUCAAUUUAGAUUGGCGUUUAGUGGGUUUGUGUUUUGAUAUAUACAAACACAAUAUAAUUGAUCAUUGCACACGAUUACCUUCAAUUUACCAUACCCUUGGAAAUUAUUAAGUAAACAGUAAACAAAAGUGACGUAAAACAUUUUUAGUAUCUUUUAAUUGAGUAAGACGUCUAGGGUAUUAUAAAAUCAAGUUAAAGAUUAAAUGUAAAUUUAUGGGCGUAUCUAAUUGUAAUAGCUAGAAAAAUACUUUACACAUUUGCAACUGUCAC